CGUUAGCUACGUGCGCACGGGCCGAAGGCUACGAAACCGUUACUUGUCUGCAAGAUGGAUGUACCCCCAUGGACCUCAGAUGUACAUUUAACGAAGGCGUUGCUUGGAGAUUUUGAGUCGUUUAAGCAAGAAGAGGAUGAUAAAAAAGUGAUGUUUAUAAAUAACUAUGAAAAGUGGGAGGAAACGCAAAAGUUAUGCCAAAGUGAGCGAAUGGUUAUUGCGCUUGAAAUAACAAACCAAAUCAACGAGAGCUGUGCAAGAAUUCGACCUCUCUUCGAUCGCCUAGCGAAAGAAUUUCCCAGUGUGUGUGUACGAGUUAUCACUGGACCGUUUCCAUUGUUUGUGACAUUAGACAGGGUGUGUCAUGAUGUUGGUCGUGUCAGUGAGCUUCCAGCAGUUUUACUUCUUUUCUAUGAUGAACCAAAUCACAUAAAGCGGAAAAAAUAUGUGGGAGAAGUUAUGAUCCAAACAGCUCUCCUCAAUGGUCAGCUCAAGAGAAAGCUAAAGGAAUUCAUUGAUGAACGACUUCAGCUUCAAAGGAGGUUGAGUGAUUCGUUGAGUGAGGCUGAAUUAAUUUAUCAAGCUAGUCUGCGAAAAAUGAGCAGAUCCCUUUCAAAAGAUGAGCUAGUGAUCAAGAGACAAUCAAGGGAAGACAGUGAGACAAAAAAUACACCAUCUUGUCUGCCUGAAUCAAAUGAGGCAAAAAUAAACAAACAGGAUGAGGAGAAUGACACAGAUGGAAAAUGCUCCACCAAAGAAGAAUCUAUAGUGGGAAAGGGCACAGAUGACGAUGACAAUGUUUCAAGUGAGCAUACCCCAGUUAAAGGAGUUCCUCGGCCCCAAAGUGCUAAUUGCCUGAAAGCGAACCACAUUAUUGAGCGGAGUCAAAUUGCUGUUGGAGACAGAAUUGGACAGGGUGGUUUUGGUACAGUGUUUAGAGCUAAGUGGCUGAAUAAAACAGUUGCAGUAAAGUCAUGUGAUGGAAAUCUUCUUGAGCAUGGUGCUGCUGAAGUGAAAAUCCUCGCUUCUCUACCACCGCAUCCUAAUGUGCUUAGGUUUUUUGGGGUUGCAGUAAGUGCUGACUUGAUUAACACCCUCAUUGUCACAGAAUUUGCUUUUGAUGGAUCACUUUUUACUGCUCUACAUGGGAAGAAAAGAGAGGAGCCUACAGUAGGUCAAGCCUUGACCUGGUCAUUCCAGAUUGCAAGUGGUAUGGCACAUCUUCACGAAAACAAUGUUAUUCAUCGAGACCUUAAAAGCCCCAAUGUUCUUCUUUCUUAUGGUUAUGCAAAAUUGUGUGAUUUUGGAACAGCCCGUGAACUAUCUAAAACCUGUAGGCCUACAGGAAUAGCUGGUACAUAUCGAUGGAUGGCUCCUGAAAUAGCUGCUGAAGUUGAGCAUACAAUAGACAACAAGUGUGAUGUAUUCUCUUACGGCAUGAUCCUUUAUGAAAUCUAUGCUCUUAGGAUUCCAUUUUCCGAGAUAAAAAGUGACAUCAAAGUGUGCUACUUACUGAUGGAGGGUAAACGCCCUCCAAUUCCUGAUAGAUUACCAGAUUUUCUUCACCCUCUAAUAACAGACUGCUGGAGUGAGGACCCAGCAAAGCGACCUUCUUUUCAGAGAAUUGUUAAUACUAUACAGACUGAAGUGUACGAAAAGGAUGACUUUUGAAAAAUAGUUCGUACUUCAUCCUGCUUAUAUACUAUUUUGGUAUCCAUUUUGUAAUAAUAAUCUUGAGAAAUCGUUCCUCUGAUAUACAUGCCAACUA